AAAAUAAGAAGCAAGAAGAAACAGAGCAGCACUAAACCAUUCUUUAAAGAACCAUAACUAGGUUUUCUUAAUACUAUAUACAAUUUAAAACAUGGUGGUGGGUAAUAAGUGGGAGAGAAGAAUGUUUCUGUCUCUGCCUACACUGACUGUUCUUAUUCCACUGAUCUCCUUAGUAGGACUCUUCUACUCCGCCUCUGUGGAGGAAAACUUCCCGCAGGACUGCACUAGCACAGCCAGCCUUUGCUUUUACAGUCUGCUCUUGCCCAUCACCAUACCAGUGUACGUGUUCUUCCACCUUUGGACUUGGAUGGGUAUUAAGCUCUUUAGGCAUAAUUAAUACAGAC